GCUCAUUGACAUGCAAAUCAGGGGGUAUAAAGCGGGCGGCCCGGGGCGGGAGCGGAGGGAGCGGCGCGGCCAUGGCGCCGGGCAGGGAGCGCUCGCCGCACGGCGAGGGCUGCGCGGGGCCCCGCGGCGACCGGAGGACGAGGAAGCCGCUGGUGGAGAAGAAGCGCCGGGCGCGCAUCAACGAGAGCCUGCGGGAGCUGCGGCUGCUGCUGGCCGACAGCGAGUUUCAGGCGAAGCUGGAGAACGCGGAGGUGCUGGAGCGGACGGUGCGGCGGGUGCGGGCCGCGCUGGAGCGCCGCGCCCGCGCUGCCCCGGCAUCGACGCCACCACGGCCGCCGAGCUGCUCAACCACCUGCUGGAGUCCAUGCCCCUCAGCGAGGGCGGCUGCCCGGACUCGGUCACGGACGUUGUGGCGGAGCCGGCGCUCGGCCCCUGGCCCGCCGGAGCCCGCCCGGGCCCGGCCCUGCCCGCCCCCAGCGAAGAGAGCUGCUCCGAGUCGGACGAGGCGGAGGCCGGGCCGGGCCAGACCCCCACGGACGGACUGGACGCGCCCCAGACGCGGGGCCGGCCCUCGCCCGGCUCGCCCAGAUCCAUGUGGAGACCCUGGUAACGGCGGAGCGGAGUCAGCGCAGAGCGGCCCGUGCCGAGGGCGGGGUGCCCCGCGCACGCGUGUGUUGAGCGUGAGUGCCCGUGUGAGUGCCCGUCUGUCUGCGUGUGAGUGUCCGUCCGUCUGUCUGUCUGUGGGUGUCUGUGUGCGCGGCUGGCAGCGCUGUGACUGCCGACUCGGGCACUGUCGCUGUCACCCCCUGGCAGCCUAAUAGCGACCGCGUAAACAUUUCAUCCCCGUGCGUGUGUGGCAUUUUGUAACUUUGGGGUUUGCUCUUACGAGAGGAUGGGGGAGGAGGGAAGUGGUUUGUAGUAGCAAAGCUCUCUGGUGGAGACACAGCAGUUAUUUUAUAACCCUGUCUCUUUCUUCUUGGCCCUUAGAAGCGGCCCAAACACUGCUACCUUUUAAGAAAAAGCCCUUGUGCGUUUUGAAUCACGAUAGUUAAUUCCAGGAGAAGCUGGAGCUGAGUCUGCAUGCACGGUUUCAAGUGUUCUAGUGAUAGCACAGACCCCUGAAAGGUGUCUAUACCUGAUAGCAGCCUAAAGUCUCACCUUUAGGGAAGGGAGAGAAAACUAGAAACCUGGUGGAAUUAGACAAACAUUUUAAAAAGAUGUUGGUGGCAGGGUGCCUUUUAGAAAUGAGUGUCUUUAUGCACAUUUUGCUUUUAGCACAUUUGAGUUUAUUGUGACUUUAUGUAUAUUCGGGUGUCAAAUGUUUUUUUUAUUUUUAAUCUUUAAUAAAAAAAACCUGAAUUCACAACGUGGCA